AGUGAUGACGAUGCUGGCCCUGUCGUCGUUUGACGCUGCUGCCACUGCGCACAGUACUGUUCCUAUACGGGGGGCAUGUGCGUCCAUGCAUACAAGCAUUGAUGAUAUGAUGCGAUACUGUACGAUGCAAUGCAAUGCCACUGUCACUAUCUCCCUAUCUAAACACCGACCGCCCAUAUCUGGGUAAUGUCAUUACAUUAUGGCAUCCAUAUUCUGCCAUUGCAUCAACGCUUCCCGAGAAGAGGGGGGAGGGGGGGCUAUUGUUGUUGUUGUUGUUGUCGACAUGAGUAAGUUGUAUGAGCAUGUUUGCAGACACGAGUAAGUUGGUCUCAUAUAUACAAAGAUAUAGG